AGCUCGUCGGCGAAGAAAGAAUCGCCAUAGGUUCGCCGUAGACGUCCAUGCCCAAAUCCUCAUCCUCUCCUUCAUUCUGAUCACUCCACAUCAAUCUGUUGCUAGGUCCUCUCGUUGAUUGCGCAAAUCGAAAUCCUCUCCGUGCAUGUCAAGCGUCGAAAUCCUCUCAGUGCAUGUCCUCUCGGUGAUAGCCCAAAUCGAAAUCCUCUCGGUGCAUAGCCCAAAACAAGGUUAAGUAACAAUGGGACUUGAUUACAGCUAUAGUCAGCCAUCACAAUCAGAUACGUUUGGUGGGCACACAGUAUCCAGUGGCUACGACGAGACAGCCGAUCUUAUUCGUCGGGAUCAAGAAGAAAUAAGAGACAACAUUGCUGAGCAAGUUCAUUACCCGCCUCAACCUGAGGUGGAGUUUGGAAUCCCGCAGAUAUGUUACUGUGGUCGUCUACCCCUUCUCGCAAGCUCUCAUUCUCGAAAUCAUCCAAGUAGACUAUACUACACCUGCGCAAAUGUUGAUGAUGGCGACUGCCAUGUUUGGAAGUGGUGGGAUGUCGCCGUUAUGGAAGAGAUGAAAGCAAGGGAUUUACACACCCUCGAACUGGCUCAAAAGGUAGAUUCUCUUACCCUUAUGGGUGACUAUGUGACUGAGCAGAAGGUGGCUAAACUAGAGGAGAUGGUUUCUAAGCUAAGUAACAAGAAUCCAGUGUUUACCAAUCGGUUUGAAAUGGUUGUUGCUUUCAUGGUCGUUGUUUUAGUCGUAAUGGGGAUGAUGGUCAUGUUUAAGUAGACUGCUUAUGUAUUUUAGCUGUAAUGGUCGGGUUGUUGCUUUGCGGUUUGUAAUAAGGACUUAUGUAUUAGGGAUGAUGGUCAUGUUUGAAAUGGUUGUUCAUGUCGGAAAUGUGUA